AUGGCGACUGGCGUUCGAUUACUGCGGCCGCAGGCUUCCGCACUGCUUAGUUGUGUCAGUCGGACUAGAAUUACUAGAGCCGACGCGCGUUGUCUAUCCCUCUUCACUCGCCCUAAAACGACUUAUGAAGAGCAUGUACCUCUGACACCUAUCGGAAGGCUGGGUCUGGCACUCAGUUCUGGCAUUGGGGCUUUUCUGGACCCGAGGAAAGGAGAGCUGAUUGCUGACUUCGGUGAGGCAACAGCACAGCCAUACUUCAUAUACAAGCUUCGAGACCGCAUGCUCAUGAGCGCCACCGGGCGACGAAUACUACGCGAUAGGCCCCGGCUGACCUCCCAAUCUCUUGAUGUUCCUCGUCUUCGCGCACUCCCACCAAACAGCGUUGGCUACAACUACGCCGCGUGGCUGGACGUAGAGGGCGUAACGCCAGAUACACGAGCGCAAGUGCGAUACAUAGAUGAUGAAGAAUGUGCGUAUGUUAUGCAGCGGUACCGUGAGUGUCACGACUUCUAUCACGCGUUGGUGGGACUGCCUGUCUUCAGAGAAGGAGAGGUCGCAUUGAAGGCCUUUGAGUAUGCCAACACUGGGCUACCAAUGACAGGAUUGGCUGUCUUCAGCGCUCUCACGUUAAAAAAGGGAGAGUGGAGAAGGUUUCUCGAUAUAUAUGGACCAUGGGCCGCCAGAAAUGGAGCGCGUGCCGACGACGUGAUCAACAUUUACUGGGAAGAGGAGCUGGAGACAGACAUCAACGAGUUAAGGACCAGACUCGGUAUCGAGAAGCCACCGGAUCUGCGUGCGAUGCGCAAGGAGGCGCGCGAAGCGCGAAAAAGGAACAGGGAGGCGAAGGAGGCAAUGGCCAAUGCCGCGGUAUAA